UCGUCGUCGUCCUAGCGGUAGUAGAGGAGACUCCUCGCCAGUAUCAGUGGCGGACUCAUCAGCAUCUAGUGAGUGGGUGGUGAUGAGCUCUAGGACUUGGGAAAGGAAGGAAAAGAAGAUCGAGAAAGCAGUAUUGGAGGGAUGGAAAAUCCACACACAGAAAGAACGGGAAAUUUUUGAAGCGCACUUGGCGACCACAACUCUGAAGAGGCUUCGAGUGCCGAUAGAACGCCUGUAUGAACGAGCGGUUCCUUCUGGUACUUCCUCAUCCUCGCCGCCCUCCAAGUCAUUUGAUCGCUAUAUGACUGGUCCUGAGGGGAAGUGGCUCGCGGAAGUUACGAGAGUGGCCAAACUGGAAUCAGUGAAGUACUGUGAUUUCGGCGAUGAGCGUUUCAUACUAGUAUUGGCAGCAAGCGACGAGUCAUUGGAGGACGGGAGGCUAUGCUUAGAGGCUCAUGCAUCCUACUAUGAUGUGCACAAUCAAAUGGCGGAGCUCGAGAGGGAAGAUCCGAGGUUAAAACCGAGCGAAUCUCGGCGAUGAGAACUCUAUGUGUAUCUUGUUUCGAAGAUCGAUCUGGGAUCUCUUGUGCCGUA